AUGUCUUCAGCGCCAGCACAGGCGCCACCAAAAUCCCAGUCAUCGAUACUGUUAUCCACGGCUAACCUCUCGUGGACGCCGACCUCCGGAGCGGCGCUGUUGGCCGCCCCUCAGCCCCCAGAAGUGGUCGCACCGCCGCCCACUGUCUCGUCGCCCGUGCCCUCAGACCACUCGUCCAUCACUGGUCUUCAGCACUCGAUGACCAACGAAGAGAUCAUACGAUCGCUACGAUUGCCUACCAGUGCUGUGGCGGACACCGAGUCUAUCGAUAGUCAGGCGCUGGAAGAGUCCUUUCAGACGAUUAGUCUGGCCGAUGGCCGCGCGGGCACACCCGUGGCUACCGGUGCCGCCGGUGGUGGCGAUGAUCUAUUAUCUGGCGAACAGUCACCGAUCGGAUCGACAGUGAGUUCCCUGUCCUCCGCCUCAGCGCUGAACCAAAAGCACCAGAAGUUGUCGUUCAUUGAAUCACUCGCCACAGCCUUUCACAAGACGUCGCAAGUGUUGGCCUCAGGUGGUGGUGGCGGCGGUGGUGGUAGCGGUCAGACGGGCGCAGCUGCUGCUGCCGGUGCUGAUGGCCAACAGUCGAUACCUGAUAAUUAUCAGCCGCCACUGUCACAGUUUGUGCCCUCGCAAUCACUACCACCACCACCUCCGCCACUGUCUGUGGCCGCCGUUCAGCCCCCGCCGCCGCCCCCACCCGUGCUCUCAGCGGCCGAGUCAGUGGUGGCCAAGGAUUUUAAAUUAAGAGGUCCUCUUAGACUAUACGACCCAAACCACGGCAUCUCUGGACAUAGCGGUGCCGCCGUCGGCCAACCCCUACCACCACAGCUACCACUACCGCCACUGCCAUCAUAUAUACCACAGGCCACUGAUGACCAGUCACUACCGGCGCCGCAACCGGUACCGACACUGCCAUUCCCACAGCCAUCGGCCGCCGACACACUCUACAACCCUAACGAUUACUACGACAACACAGCAGCGACGCCGGGCGGUCAGUCACCGGCACCACCACCUCUAGACAUCGCCCAGUCAUACACCGGACAGUCAUACGACCUAACCUUUGGCGCUACACCACUACCACUGGACAACAGCGCCGCCAACAGCAGCGGCAGCACUACUACCGGCGACUACUCGUUCAUAAGCCAACCCUCGGCUACAAUCAAUCCAUGGGAGACCGCACCUGACCCGACACAACAGCAGCCAUACACCGCAACACUAGACCAAUUGGCCGGCACUGGAAGUGCCCAACAACCCUAUCAGCCCUACACACCUGUACUUCACCACUGGUUUUACCAGCAAAUUGUCGAGAACCGGGAGGUGUGGCGGCCAUUCUCGCUAUACGACUCCUAUAACCUCGAACAGGCCGUACAGUACGGCCAGGACUACGGCCACGGAGGCUACGACGGGGCGACGACAACCCCAGCGGCGGUCAUAGCCACCGACGGGGGCCGCUUCGACGUGUCGGUGCCCGAACGGAUCCGUCGACCGGUGUAUUGGUCAGAACCGGACACUCUGUGCCGCCGGUGUUCGUGGUUUUACCGCCGCGAGGGUCACAACCGGUGGAUACCCUAUACGGAAGAGGUGGCCGAGCGGUUGGAGCAGAGGUACCGCGAGUCAGCGGCCGGGAAUCGUUGGAACACACGGGUGGAGUUGGAUGGCGGCCAAGAGGCGGUGGUGAUGCACAGCCCGCUGUCGAUAUACCACUACCAGUUGGAUCAGACAAUGCCCGACGGGUGGGGACAAGCGGUGGAGAACCCGCAGCGACCACGAGUUGUGUGUAGGGCCGGCCCG